CUUUUUUCUAUUCAUUACUUUCUUUUUGUACAAUAGUCAAAGUCGUUUCCAGACAAAUAAAAGAUUAAAAUAUGGAUAAAACAGCAGCAGAAAGAAAAAGUGCUUUCAAAAACAAGGACACUUUCGGUGCCGAAUCUGUCAGAAACCGUCGACAGAAGCACCAAGUUGAAAUCAGAAAGCAAAAGCGUGAAGAAAAUCUCUCCAAGCGUCGUAAUUUGAACCUUACUGCCGCGUCCAUGUCAGACAGCGAGGAUGACAUUGAGGUAGAAGACGAUGAUAACUUACAAGUUACGUUGAUGGAACUUAUCAAUAACGUCAAUUCGCACGACGUUGAAAAACAAUACGAUGCCACCACAAAAUUCAGAAAAUUACUUUCAAAAGAAAGAAACCCACCCAUUAAGGAAGUCAUUGCUACAGGCGUAGUCCCCAAAUUCGUUAACUUUUUGAGAUCAAACCAUCCUUUAUUACAGUUUGAGGCCGCUUGGGCUUUGACAAAUAUAGCUUCUGGUUCCUCGGAUCAAACAGAAAAAGUUAUCGAAGCUGGCGCUGUUCCUAUUUUUAUUGAAUUACUUAGCAGCAGCAUUCUUGAUGUUAAAGAGCAGGCUGUUUGGGCUUUAGGUAAUAUUGCUGGUGAUAGUGCUAUGUGCCGUGAUUAUGUUUUGGAUCAAGGCGCUCUAGUCCCUUUAUUGGUCAUUUUGAACGAACAGCACAAGCUAAGCAUGCUACGUAAUGCCACCUGGACCUUGUCCAACUUAUGUCGUGGUAAGAAUCCUCAACCUGCUUGGGAAAUGGUUAGCCCUGCUCUUCCGAUUUUAGCCAAGUUGAUCUACUCCACCGAUGAAGAAGUGUUGAUUGAUGCUUGUUGGGCAAUCUCUUACUUAUCUGAUGGUCUGAAUGAUCGUAUUCAAGCUGUGAUUGAGUCUGGCGUCUGCCGUCGUUUAGUGGAAUUGCUGAUGCACCCUUCUACUAGUGUCCAAACACCCGCUUUACGUUCCGUAGGUAAUAUUGUUACAGGUGACGAUUUACAGACUCAAGUUAUCAUCAACUGCGGUGUAUUGCCUGCCUUGAACUCUCUCUUAAGCAGUAACAAAGAAGCAAUUCGUAAAGAAGCUUGUUGGACCAUUUCUAACAUCACAGCCGGUAACACACAACAAAUUGAUGCUGUGAUUGAAUCAGGUAUCAUCCCCCCUUUGAUCCAUAUUUUGGCUACAGCUGAUAUCAAAACACGUAAAGAAGCCUGUUGGGCUAUUGUGAAUGCCACCAGUGGCGGUAUCAACAAGCCUGAACAGAUUCAUUACAUGGUUGCCGCAGGCUGUAUUAAGCCAUUGUGUGAUGUGCUGACCGGUAUGGAUAAUAGAAUAGUUCAAGUGGCUUUGGAUGGGUUAGAUAAUAUUCUGAAAAUCGGUGAGCAAGAGCGUCCCAAUGAUCCUGAGGGUAUGAACCGUUAUGCCUUAUAUAUCGAAGAAUGUGGAGGUAUGGAGUUGAUCCAUCAAUUGCAACAACAUCAAAAUGAAGAAGUAUACAAGAAAGCCUACCAUAUUAUUGAUCGUUAUUUCAAUGAGGAAGAUGGCGAGGAAAUGACGGACGAGCUACAACAACCUCAACAACAAGGACAGUUUAGUUUCCAGCAAGAUGUGCCACAAGGAGGUUUCAAUUUCUAACUACCUUUUACAUGACUAUGCGCACUUGGAACUGAAAUUUUUUAAAACAGAUAAACGCGACCUUGCAUCGUAAUUCGCGGUACACACAGAAUAUAUUUCCCUUCGCCUUUUCCCUCCCUUUAUAUUAAUACAACCCAUUAUUAGCUUUUCUUUUUUUUUUUUUAUAAA